GUGUACAGUUAAAUUUCCAAAAAGGAAAGCUCAGAUUUAUUACUGUCUUUCAGUUGGUUACAUUGCAGACUUUAGCAUUCAGUUUUUGUGGUUUUUUUUCCUAACUUAUUUUAAUGACAGUCGUGAAAGUGAAAGGAGAUCAGCAAAAUCUCGAAGCAGAAGUCCAUAUUCAUCAAGGCACUCAAGGUCUCGUAGCAGACACAGGUUGUCUAGAUCCAGAAGUCGUCAUUCGAGUAUCUCCCCUAGUACAUUGACUCUGAAGAGUAGCCUGGCGGCUGAGCUGAACAAAAACAAAAAAGCAAGAGCUGCUGAGGCAGCCAAAGCCAGUGCAAAAGCUUCCAAUACUUCAACACCUACCAAGGGAAGUACUGACGCUGCUGUAAGUACUCCUCAAGUGAACAAUGUAAAGGACCUGAAGAAAACAAAAACUGAGCAUACACCUUCCCCUACAAGCAGUGUGAAUUUGAAGAAUGACAAGGCAAAAGCAAAGGUCUCGCUUCCUGAAACAAAAGGGGAAAAUAAUUUAAUUGCAGACAAAAUUACUAAACAGAAACCUACAGCAGUAAAAGAGAAUAAAUUAACUGUUGUAAAACAGCCACCCGUCACUGUAAAAGAGAAAAGCAAACCGAGUACACCAAGUGUAGUAACCAAGGAGAAGGAGCGAGUUGUUGCACUACCAACCUCCACACUGCCACCCUUGCCUUUGCCUCCCACGCUGCCUGAAGAUAAAGAAACUGAUAGUUUGCAAGAGAAUCUUUCAGUGAAGUCAGUUAAAGAAACAGAGAAGAAACUUCGCCAUCUGCUUGCGGAUUUGCCGCUUCCACCUGAGUUGCCUGGAGGAGCUGACUUAUCUAAAAGUCCUGAAGAAAAGAAACCAGCAGUUCAGUUACACAGCAAGAGAAGACCAAAAAUAUGUGGACCACGACAUGGUGAAACAAAAGAAAAAGAAAUAGAUUGGGGAAAGCGCUGUGUGGAUAAAUUUGAUAUCAUUGGUAUUAUUGGUGAAGGCACUUAUGGGCAAGUUUACAAAGCCAGAGAUAAAGACACAGGGGAAAUGGUGGCACUAAAGAAAGUACGUCUGGAUAAUGAAAAGGAAGGGUUUCCAAUAACAGCUAUUCGGGAGAUUAAGAUUCUUCGACAGCUUAAUCACCAAAGCAUUAUCAACAUGAAGGAAAUAGUGACAGACAAGGAAGAUGCUCUGGACUUCAAGAAAGACAAAGGUGCAUUUUACCUGGUAUUUGAGUACAUGGACCAUGACUUGAUGGGACUGCUGGAAUCUGGUUUGGUUCAUUUCAAUGAAAAUCAUAUUAAAUCUUUUAUGAGACAGCUGAUGGAGGGCUUGGCCUAUUGCCAUAAGAAGAACUUUUUGCACAGAGAUAUCAAAUGUUCAAAUAUUCUACUAAAUAAUAGAGGGCAGAUAAAGCUUGCAGAUUUUGGGCUUGCUCGACUGUACAACUCUGAAGAAAGCCGACCAUAUACCAACAAAGUUAUUACGUUAUGGUAUCGGCCUCCUGAACUUCUGCUGGGAGAAGAAAGAUACACACCAGCUAUCGAUGUCUGGAGCUGUGGCUGCAUCCUGGGUGAACUUUUUACAAAAAAGCCAAUAUUUCAAGCAAAUCAAGAACUUGCUCAACUGGAACUUAUAAGCCGAAUUUGCGGGAGUCCUUGUCCAGCAGUGUGGCCUGAUGUUAUAAAAUUAGCUUAUUUCAACACAAUGAAACCAAAGAAGCAGUAUCGCCGAAAGCUGAGAGAAGAGUUUGCUUUCAUCCCACCAGCUGCAUUAGAUUUAUUCGAUUAUAUGCUUGCCCUGGAUCCCAGCAAGCGCUGCACAGCUGAACAAGCUCUUCAGUGCGAGUUUCUGCGAGAUGUGGAACCAUCUAAAAUGCCUCCUCCAGACCUUCCUUUGUGGCAAGAUUGCCAUGAGCUGUGGAGUAAGAAACGCAGAAGACAGAAGCAGAUGGGCAUGACUGAUGACUCAACAGCAGCUAAAGUCCCUAGGAAGGAUCUGUCUCUCGGCAUGGAUGAGAGCAGAACCAACACCCCACAAGGCAUGCAAACUUCUUCCCAACUCAAAACUCAGGGCAACUCUAGUGUAGCACUUGCUAAAACAAGCACUGGACAGCAGUUAAACCAGAAUGAAGUGGCAAUCCUGCUAAACCUGCUACAGUCUAAAACAAGUGUUAGUUUGGCACAGUUUGCCCAAGUGUUGAAUAUUAAGGUAAACCCAGAGACUCAGCAGCAACUAAAUAAAAUAAAUCUUCCUGCUGGAAUUUUGUCAGCAGGUGAAAAACAGUCAGAACAGCAGCAGCCGCCGCCGCCGCCACCACCACCCGAACAGGAGCCUCUCAAACAGCCGACGGUCACUCAGCCUCCUGUACCACCUGCUCAGCUGAACCAGCCUAAAGUUGAGACUGAUGCUGCCCAGGCAGCUGUGCAGAGUGCAUUUGCUGUUCUGUUGUCUCAGUUAAUAAAGGCUCAGCAAACAAAACAAAAAGAUUUUGUGUUGGAGGAGAAGGAGAACGGAUCAGGAAAUGAAAUGUCAUUACAACUCAGGCAGCCUCCAGAGCCCACCACGCCUGUGUCUCUUUUCCUUUUCAUCUACUUAGGUCAAGAGGAUUUGGUUAGGCAGUCUGAGCUGAGGCUUCUAAACCGAACACCCGAACAAGAGCGCCCGCGGAUUCUGCCUCCAGACCAGCGUCCCCCAGAGCCACCAGAGCCUCCGCCUCUCACUGAUGAAGACCUUGAUUAUCGGACAGAGAACCAGCAUUUGCCUAUAACUAACUCUUCAGGAACAGAUCCUCACGCAGGAGUGAAAGCAGCCCUUCUGCAGCUGCUUGCUCAGCAUCAAGCUCAGGCGACAACAGAGGAGCCAGUACAAACGAGCGUGGAUUAUCAGCCUAGAGAACCCUACGUACCAGGCGCAGACUACAAGGAUAACUUUGGACCAUCUUCCUUCUCAUCUGCCCAUUAUGGCAGUAGUGAUGGAAUAGGAAGCGGAUCAUCAGGAGCAUUAGAAAGGAGAAGCUUCCUUGGAAACUCGGAUAUUCAGUCUUUGGAUAACUACAGUACUGCUUCAUCUCACUCUGGUGCUCCCCCUCCUCCAUCGGCCUUUUCGGAAUCCUUUCCAGGCUCAGUAACUGGUUAUGGAGACAUUUACCUCAAUGCUGGCCCCAUGCUAUUUAGUGGAGAUAAAGACCAUAGGUUUGAAUACAGCCACGGCCCAAUCCCGGUUCUGGGCAGCAGCAGUGAUGCUCCUGUGGGGCCAGAGAGCACGCACCCUUUGCCCACAAAGAUGCACAACUAUAGCUUCGGAAGUAACUUACAGGAAAAUCCUGGUGGCAUCGGCCACAUGCAUGGACAGACUUGGACUUCUCCUGCCCAAGGACCCGGCUAUUCCCAAGGAUACAGGGGACACAUUAGCACAUCUGCAGUGAGAGGGCGAGGCAGAGGAUUACCAUAUUGAGUAUCUGUUUUUCCUCAGGCACAUCAUUU